ACCAACAACACGGCGCUUCCUAUUUUACACCCGGAGUGAAACUUUAAAGCUCCACUCCGCCUUUAAGAAAAAACAAAAGAUGCUGGUGGACGCUACAACAACCCCACGGAUAUAAGCGAGAGAGCACAAAGUAGCCACCACCUCCACACCAAAGCCACAAAGCAUUUUUUUUCUCUUCUUCACGCCCGGAGGGAAAGACGGCAUCCGGCCUGAGAAGAAGCUCCGAGGUCGGGGACUCCGGUCGGAGCAACGCUCAUCGUUUCUGGCCUCCCCUUCCCGAGAGCUCCAUGGAGAAAAUGAAGCGGUUCAAGCGACGUCUCUCUCAGACGCUAAGAGGCAGCCACACCAUCGACGAGUCGCUGUCUGAGCUGGCCGAGCAGAUGACCAUAGAGGAGAACGGCCUGAAGGACAGCGAGCCCAUAGUGAGGAAUGGUCGUCCUCCAUCAGCCCACAGUGUUCACUCCUUCCUACAUCAAUACACAGGCUCCUUUAAAAAGCCGCCGCUGCGGCGGCCUCAGAGCGUCAUCGGUGGAGGCCUGGGCUCCCUCAUGGUCAUGCCUCGCAACGGCAGUCGCCUCGAUAUCGUCCACGAGAACCUGAAAAUGGGCUCGGACGGAGAAAGCGACCAGGCGUCGGGAACUUCCUCCGAUGAGGUGCAGUCGCCCACGGGUGUUUGUCUGAGGAACAGAGGGAACCGACGCAUCUCUGCUGAGGAUCUGAACAAACGUCUGUCCCUGCCCGCUGACAUCCGGAUACCUGACGGCUACCUGGAGAAGCUGCAGCUGAGCAGCCCGCCCUUCGACCAGCCACUGAGCCGGCGCUCCCGCAGGGCAUCACUGUCAGAAAUUGGGUUUGGGAAGCUAGAGACCUACAUCAAACUGGACAAACUGGGGGAGGGCACAUACGCUACAGUGUUCAAGGGGAGGAGUAAGCUGACAGACAACCUCGUGGCGCUAAAGGAGAUCAGACUGGAGCAUGAGGAGGGAGCGCCAUGCACAGCUAUUCGAGAAGUGUCGUUACUGAAGGACCUGAAACACGCCAACAUCGUGACGCUGCAUGACAUCGUCCACACAGACAAGUCGCUCACACUGGUCUUUGAGUACCUGGACAAAGACCUCAAGCAGUACAUGGACGACUGCGGUAACAUCCUGAGCAUGCAGAAUGUCAAGAUUUUUCUGUUCCAGAUCCUGCGGGGCUUAGCGUACUGUCACAGACGGAAAGUUCUCCACAGAGACUUGAAGCCCCAGAAUCUUCUCAUUAACGACAGAGGAGAGCUCAAGCUGGCUGACUUUGGCCUGGCAAGGGCCAAGUCUGUGCCCACGAAAACAUACUCUAACGAGGUGGUAACACUUUGGUAUCGGCCUCCUGACGUGCUGCUGGGCUCCUCCGAGUACUCCACGCAGAUCGACAUGUGGGGUGUGGGCUGUAUAUUCUACGAGAUGGCUGCCGGCAGGCCCCUGUUCCCAGGCUCCACCGUUGAGGACGAGCUGCACCUCAUCUUCAGGCUACUAGGCACUCCCACAGAAGACAGCUGGCCCGGGAUAUCCUCUAUCGACGAGUUCAAGUCCUACAAGUUUGCCAAGUACAAGCCCCAGCCGCUCAUUAACCACGCACCCAGGUUGGACACCGAUGGCAUCGACCUGCUGAUGUCAUUCCUAAAAUAUGAAUCCAAAAAGAGGAUCUCUGCUGAUGAAGCAAUGAGACAGCCGUACUUCAGGAGCAUGGGGCCACGUGUGCACACACUGCCAGAGAACAUAUCCAUAUUCACACUGAAGGAGGUCCAGCUGCAGAGAGAUCCUGGCUACCGGAACUCAUCGUACCCCGAGUCAGGCAAUGGAAAGAGCAGAAGGCAAAGCAUGCUGUUUUAGAUUCUCUGGUAUUUUUUUGUUUUGUUUUUUUUACAUUUUGGAAGGAACUCCUAGCUGUACAGUUGCGCAGAUGGAUAAGUAACCUGAGAUGGAUGUUGGCGUGGAGCAUAAUCAUCAUCAUCGUCACCCCUACCCCCCCAAACCACUUGGGGUACUUGUCCACAGUGCAAACCCCCUUCCAGGUUUAUCCUGAACCUGGCCCAAAAGAGACAUUUAUAUACUGUACAUCUAUAUUUAUUGAGAAGAGAAUUUGCUGCUAAAUCCAACUACUGUCUAGAAUUCUAACUGGCUCAGUCACUUUAUUGAGUACAUGCAAUGUGUAUAGAUUUUUAAAACAUUUUUUUGAAGUGGUGGUAUUUUUUGUGAUUAUUUUUUGUUAUUAUUUCCAUUUUCAUACAAAGAAACUCCACCUCAGAGCUCUUGAGUGUGUGUCAGUGUGUAAGACACACAAGCAAGAGAGAUGUUUCUGUAGCAGCUCAAAAAGAUUUAGAUUUUCUGUCUUUGUUGCCACGACGCUGUCCCCAGCAGCACCCAUCAUUUGUGACCAUUAACUCUGAAGGUUUUUGAGGCUAACUUUGAUGUAACUGAUAAUUUUACCCUAACUGGAGGUUAAUAUAAGAGCAGUGCUGCCAGAAGCUUGGUGAAAACAGAUCACAUCCUUGUCAGAUUUUGGCAUAUUAUUCCGGGAUGUUGUGGUCUCUGUUGUGACCAAUGAACAAAUGCAAGGGGAGGAGAAAAAAAAAGAGGCAAAGUAGAAUUAACAUAGAGCUGGUUAGGUCUCCUAAAUUCUUCUGAAAACCUAAAUAUUUAACUGCAGUGACCAGCCUCCUCAUCCUUGUUGUUUUCCACCUCGAUUUCACCCUCUGAUCUGUUACAGAGAGGAGGUGCAAAGUUGGUGUUCUCCUUGCUGCCAUUCCCAUCUCCAUCAGCUGUAAAAAAAAAAAAAAAAAAAGGAAAAAAAAAAAUCCUUUUUUUUUUCUGGAUUGCCUCCAUCAUUGUUGCAUGCCUGCUCUGUUGUAUGAGGAAGCACACAGCCACUGAACUCCUAAUUCAGGGAGAACUAGCUAUAGUCCUGCCCCUAGUGAAUACGAUACUGAGUCACAGUCUAUUUAACAGUGUUACAAGAUAUGUUUUGUAUGAUAUUCUUUAACUUUAUUUGUGGAUAAUUGUU